AUGGGAGAUGAACUCAACCAGACUUACAUAGUUCUUGAAGGGUUUGUAGGAGUGACCAAAUACAGAUAUCUUUAUUUUGUCACAAUGUUCACUGCAUAUAUUCUCAUUCUGUCCAGUAAUGUUUCCAUUGUGGCUCUGAUUGUGAUUCACAGAAACCUUCAUGAGCCCAUGUAUGUUUUUAUUGCAGGCUUAUUGAUGAACUCUAUUUUGUACGCCACUGUCAUUUACCCAAAGAUUCUAGUUGAUGUUUUAUCUGAAAAACAGGUCAUAGCCUACUCUGCCUGUCUCUUUCAAUGGUUUGCUCAUUACUCUCUUGGUGCUGCAGAAAUCUUGCUGCUGGCUGCCAUGUCUUAUGACAGAUACGUGUCUAUAUGCAAUCCUUUGAGAUAUCCAGUCAUCAUGAGGAAACCAAACCCCUCGGUGAUCCUGUUCUCAGCUUUUCUUCUGCCUGUGCUUCUGGUUUCAGUGCCCACUGCUAUGAAUGUCAACACAAGACUCUGUCACUUUGCUUUAUCAGAAAUAGUUUGCGGUAGUAUGAUUUACAAACUUCACUGCAUCAAAUCUGUGGUUUUAAACAUUUAUGGCCUGGCUGUUUUUGGGAAUAUGAUCAUUUUCUGUCUGCUCUUCAUUUUCUUUGCAUACACCAGGAUACUCACAGUUGUGCAUCGAAGUGGUCCAACGGUUCGGGCAAAAGCAGCACAGACCUGCUUUCCACAUCUGAUAGUUUUGAUCAGCACCUCCUGUUUGUCGACAUUUGAGGUUAUUCUAUACCGAACAGAGGCUAACUUUCCAAUCACCGUGCGUCUUGCCAUGACAUUGCAGAAGAUUUUGUACCAUCCUCUCUUUAAUCCAAUCAUAUACGGGUUGAAAAUGCAAGAAAUCAACAAGCAUUUUAAGAGGUUGUUCAGUCUUAGUAAAAUAAUCCACUGUGGAAACACGCUCACCCGUCAGACUGUGAUUGUUUACUGCCUUCAUAAACCAAAGGUGUGA